UUCCGCUUCCGGUUGGCGAGGCGCUGGGCUUCAGCAAAGUUGUCGCUACCGUGGUCGCGAUGGGGAAGUCAGAUUUUCUUACCCCAAAGGCCAUCGCCAACAGGAUCAAAUCCAAGGGGCUUCAGAAGCUGCGCUGGUAUUGCCAGAUGUGCCAGAAGCAGUGCCGGGAUGAGUCAAGGGAAUUCCGAAAUGACUUCCUAGAACUUCUCAGGAGACGCUUUGGCACUAAGAGAGUUCACAACAACAUCGUUUAUAAUGAGUAUAUCAGCCAUCGAGAGCACAUCCAUAUGAAUGCCACUCAGUGGGAGACUCUGACUGAUUUUACUAAGUGGCUGGGCAGAGAAGGUUUGUGCAAGGUGGAUGAGACCCCGAAAGGCUGGUAUAUUCAGUACAUAGACAGGGACCCAGAAACUAUCCGCCGGCAACUGGAACUAGAGAAAAAGAAGAAGCAGGACCUUGAUGAUGAGGAAAAAACAGCCAAAUUUAUUGAAGAACAAGUGAGAAGAGGUCUGGAAGGGAAAGAACAGGAGGCUCCUAUUUUUACAGAAUUAAGCAGAGAAAAUGAUGAAGAAAAAGUUACAUUUAAUUUGAAUAAAGGAGCAUGUAGUUCAGCAGCAACGUCAUCCAAAUCAAGGUGA